AUGGCGUUUGUUGACAAACUACAACAGCAGGGCAAACACAUGGCGCUCUCAGCGGUCAGUUUGGACCAAGCUCAACGCAUGGGAUCGGGGUUGCAACCACGUGGCGCAAGAGCGCCACUUCUGGUAGGUGAUUUCAAGCACAAAAUCGAUGUUCAGUCCCAAAGCGAGGACAUCCCGACCCAAAUCACUGAGACCGUGCGACCGCCAUUUCAAGGAGUUCCAUUACACUCCAAACUCAUUUCUUCUCGACGCGUCACGAAAGAGGGGAAAGAAGGCGAGAAGAAAACUGUUACAAUUUCUACAUUUGGUGUUUUUCGGUCUCCUUUUGAGUUCUUGCACCGUGCCCUUUCUCUUGAACACCCUCUUGAUAGCCCGCACACUGUUGACAAGAGCAAUUUGAAGGCUAUCUUGUUCAUAAGGGACAACCCUGCUGCACACGUCUUGCAAUUUCGUGCAAAACAACUUAAGAAGUAUACCCAGCGUGCAGUCGAGCUUGCCGCAGCCGAAAAAGAGUUGAAGCAAUCACUGGAUUGCGACGUCAAGCAGGUUUUGGAUGGAAAGCGCCUUUUACUCUUCAAGGAGAUGGCUGAGGAUGCAGGCGUUGGGGAUGAGCACCUUUUUACAGAGCUGACAGAGGGCUUCAAGCUUACAGGGGAGAUGCCACAAUCAAAGCAGUUCCCGGCAAAGCUCAAACCGGCCAUGUUGUCGGUCCAGCAGUUGCGAGACUCAGCAGUAUGGGCAAAGAAGAUGAUCCAUGCUUCAUGCCGCAGGGUUAGUGCCGACCCAGAGAUCGCAAGAGCAGUUUUUCUUGAGACGCAGCAACAAAUACAGGAUGGGUGGGUACGCGGCCCUUUUUCUGCCGCUCAGCUUGACCAGAAGUACAAUGGUUGCUGGAUUCCAUCAAAGCGUUUUGGGGUCAGACAGAACAACAAGAUCAGGGCGGUGGACGAUUUCUCAGAAUUCCUGGUGAACGCUUCAGUCACAUCCACCGAGAAGCUGCAGCUAUUUGGGUUGGACGAAGUUGUGAACACAGCCCGAACUUUUCUUGGAUGUGACUUCUUGCGGUGCGAUGAGUCGCUGGAAAAUCUCUGGUGCGAUGGCUCUGUAGCCUUCUUCAGAGGGCCUUGGAGGUGGGGUGCCACCGUCCUCUUCCUUCUAGCACGCUCCGCUCCCGUUCCUCCGCGUUCGCGUUUUCGGAAGUUCUCUGUGAUUGACUUCUGA